GCCCACAUGACCACGCCCUCCGUAGCCCCGCCCCCGCGCCGCAGCGACAAGAUGGCGGCCGGCGGCAGCGGGCGCGCGUCGUGCCCGCCGGGGGUAGGACCUGGCACAGGCGGUCUGGGGCCCAGCGCCAAUGCCGCCGCGGCCCCCGGCAACGCCGCCGCCUGCGCUCCGGGGCCGCCGCCACCUCCGUCCCCCCCACCCGGGCCCGGGCCGGAUGCGCCGGCCGUGGGUGACGAGCGCGACGACGCGGGCCCGGGCGCGCUGCUGCGCGAGCCCGUGUACAACUGGCAGGCCACCAAACCCACGGUGCAGGAGCGCUUCGCCUUCCUCUUCAACAACGAGGUGCUGUGCGACGUGCACUUCCUGGUGGGCAAGGGGCUCAGCUCGCAGCGCGUCCCUGCGCACAGGUUUGUGCUGGCCGUGGGCAGUGCUGUCUUUGAUGCUAUGUUCAAUGGUGGAAUGGCUACCACAUCCACUGAGAUUGAGUUGCCUGACGUGGAGCCUGCUGCCUUCCUGGCACUGCUCAAGUUCCUGUAUUCAGAUGAAGUACAAAUCGGGCCUGAGACGGUGAUGACCACGCUGUACACCGCCAAGAAGUAUGCAGUGCCUGCACUCGAGGCGCACUGUGUGGAGUUCCUGAAGAAGCACCUGCGGGCUGACAAUGCCUUCAUGCUGCUCACACAGGCUCGGCUCUUUGAUGAGCCGCAGCUAGCCAGCCUGUGCCUGGAGAGCAUAGACAAAAACACAGCCGAUGCCAUCGCUGCCGAGGGCUUCACUGACAUUGACCUGGACACGCUGGUGGCAGUGCUGGAGCGUGAUACUCUGGGCAUCCGUGAGGUUCGUCUAUUCAAUGCUGUAGUGCGCUGGUCUGAUGCUGAGUGUCAACGGCAACAACUUCAGGUGACACCAGAGAACAAGAGGAAGGUGCUAGGCAAGGCCCUGGGUCUCAUCCGGUUCCCCUUAAUGACCAUCGAGGAGUUUGCUGCAGCCAGCCCUCUGCCCACAGGCCCAGCACAGUCCGGCAUCCUGGUGGACCGAGAGGUAGUCAGCCUGUUCCUGCACUUUACUGUCAACCCCAAGCCUCGAGUGGAAUUCAUUGACAGGCCCCGGUGCUGCCUUCGAGGCAAGGAAUGCAGCAUCAACCGGUUCCAGCAGGUGGAAAGCCGCUGGGGCUACAGUGGCACCAGUGACCGAAUCAGGUUCUCUGUCAAUAAGCGCAUCUUUGUGGUAGGCUUUGGACUCUACGGAUCCAUCCAUGGGCCCACUGACUAUCAAGUGAACAUCCAGAUCAUCCACACAGACAGCAACACCGUCCUCGGCCAGAACGACACUGGUUUCAGCUGCGAUGGCUCCGCCAGCACUUUCCGUGUUAUGUUCAAGGAGCCAGUGGAGGUCCUGCCCAAUGUGAACUACACUGCCUGCGCCACGCUCAAGGGCCCAGACUCUCACUAUGGCACUAAAGGCCUACGCAAGGUGACUCAUGAGUCGCCCACCACAGGAGCUAAGACCUGCUUCACCUUCUGUUAUGCGGCCGGGAACAACAAUGGCACGUCUGUGGAGGAUGGGCAGAUCCCUGAAGUCAUCUUCUAUACCUAGGCCAUUCUUCACCCAGGUCACCCUUGCCAGCCCAGGCCAGCUUCCCUCCCUGCCACUUCCCUCAUCAUCAUGGAAGGGGCUGCCUUGUGUCCACAGUGACAAGUGUGACCCCCCCCACACCCCAAGGCACUGGGGAGUUGGUUGGUCCAUGGGCUGGGCCUUGCCAAGACAAUCCCUCAGUCUUGGGCAGAGCGGGCCUGAUCCUGUAUGGACAGCUGUUGGGGCUGAGGGCAGUGGCUUGGGAGUCUGGGUUGCCAUUCUGCUCCCUAUCCUGCAGCUCAGGACGGAAGGCCAGCUCUGUGCUCAGGGUGCUACGGCACCACUCGUCCGUUCUCUUUAACUGCACACUGCAAUGCAUUUGAGCCAGUGCUCAGGCCUGUCCUCCAGCCGAUGGUUCGGGUUUCAUGUUCCUUUGUUCUCUGCUGCUCCCUGGGGACCCAGGGCCUGACCUGUGUACACCGAGGCCACCUGAAGCCCUGGCCUACUGGGCAUGUGCAUGUGCAGGGCAAUGGUCAGUCAGUCCUGAGCAGCCUCUGAUGGGGGCUGAUGUGCCUUGCUGGAAACUCUGCCCCAGGGUGGGUGAAAUGUGGGCCACUGCUCCUGCUCCUCCCGCAGGGUUAGUACGAGGCCAUCACCACCCAGCCUCUGUGGAUCUGCUCCUCCCAGGUGUGGCCAGCAGAGCUCAGCUCUGAGCCUGCAGGGCUGGAGCAGCAGCUCAAGCCCCAUCCAGAUGCACUGGGCCCCCAGCUGGCCUGCUGUGGCACCCAGGGUACCACAGAACACCCUGUGCAAAUCACAGCCCUGGCCUUCUUAAGGCCACCAGGUUCCCUGUCCACUGAUGCCCUAGGAGGCGCAGUCCCCUGUCUGGGGCCCCUCUCCCUCAUGCCUCCAUACCUGUGACCUCCUGCCCAGCACCCAUGUCCUCCCCAAAGCCAUGGGAGGUGAGCCCUGCACACUGUGUCCCCAAAUGAUUUUUUUUAAUAAAGGAAAGAAACAUAAAACAUCUUGA